AUGCUCUGGCAGAUGGCUGCGCAGCCAGCAUCAGCUGGAAUGAACGCUUCGCCUCUUCGAGCUUCCACGCCAAGCUCUCGCCCUAAGCGAACAAUCCGCAGCCCUGCAACCUCGCGCUAUCUGUGGUAAGCCAAGCUGUAAGACUCCUGCGUUCCAGAUUGGCUAAAACACUCACCUUCAGAUUGCUGCAGCUGUGGUACCCGAUUCGGAGCGACUGGCCCUGCACAGGGGCCUUAUGAUGCAGCCGCCGUGA